UUAACCUGGUGGCCACUACUUCCUGUAGCCUUGGAUAAUGUUUAACGCGUCAAGUGGAUCAGAGAGGGAAAUGAAGUAAGACAUGUCACUCUGCUCUGAGUUCAGGAUACCAUGAACCUCAACAAGCAUCUGAAUGGCGUGUGCGACGGUUUGUGAUACGUGGUCUUCCCUUGCAGAGACUUUGCUCUGUUACAGUUGGUUUGUUAGUCUUUUUCUAUAUUACUGAUACUGGCCAACAACCGGACCUAGAAUGCAUAGUAAGGACACAUAUAGUGAGUGAGUUUUUAUUGUCAAAUGUCAGAGCUGGAUGAGUGGGGCUGUGCUCUCAGAUGCUAUGGCUAUGAGAUGUUGAUAGAGGAAAAGAAACUCAUGUCAGCCGGCUGUGCAGUUAAAAUAUAAACACUUCGCUAAACCCACCAAGAGGACAGGAAACAGCCGAACAAAGAGAGAGCGAGCUAUAGUUGGUGCAGUUCAUUUAUUACAGAUUACAGGACAUGGCUCUGCUCUUCCGCGUCAUUCGGAAGGUGGCAGACUUUAAUACACCGAGUGAGCCUCAUUCUCAAUACACGAUCUUUGCGGAGCUCCAGCAGCUAUACAUUCGGCGUUGACAUAUGGAGGGAUUGGACGGCUGCUGCAGUGCUAGCCCGCUGUCAUUCUCCGAACCAUCCAGCUGUUUUAAAGAUGACUGACUUUAUUUUAACGUUUUAGCCCCAAGAAGCCCCCAAACAGGAAGCGGCAAACGGGAAGAGGCCAAUUACACCGAUACCAGCUGUCUGUCGGUGUUUACUCGCCCCUUCACGGCAGACUGAGAGCGCACCAUCACCGCCAACAGUCGUAGUAACUAACUGACAGGUAUGUCUUCGCCGUCUGCACGAGACACUGUCGUUAAAAAGAAGCACGUUCGAUUCGCUAGCAUGGAAGACGACGACGACAACGACGACCAGGAGGAGGACACCCUGUUUGACAAGAGGAAGGACACCGGCCGAGGGCUGAAGAGUGCGCUGAAGGCGGUCAAGAGGACGGUGAAGCCGGGAUGUGAGGACCGGGUGGAAGUGCUCGGCGGAGGAAGGGGCGGAUAUGGAGCGUGCGGACGAUGGAUUGUCACCCUCGCGCUCUGUGCAUCUUUCCUGGGCUUGGGUAUGAGUGUCUCAGUUCUUGGCCCCACGUUUGAGGACCUGGCUGUGAAUGUGAAUAAGAACAUCAGUAACAUCUCCUACAUCUUCGUCGGCCGCGCUGUGGGAUACAUCGGAGGAUCCCUCUUAGGAGGCAUUCUCUUUGACUGCAUGAACCCCCACCUCCUGCUAGGUUUUUCUAUGCUGGUCACAGCAUUUGGAAUGUGUGCAAUCCCAUUCUGUAAGCAGGCUCUGUUCCUCACCGGGUUCAUGUCCAGCAUUGGGGUAUCUAUGGGUAUUCUGGAUACAGGUGGUAAUGUGCUCAUAUUGAACACAUGGGGCGAGCAGGCAGGCCCUCACAUGCAGGCUCUGCACUUCAGUUUUGCAGCUGGGGCCUUCGUGUCUCCGAUCAUAGCCAAGCUGCUGUUUGGGCCUGAUGGGAGCAGCAGCAUGGGAGCCAUACCAAGCAACUCCACGCCUCCUGCCACCACAGACCAAAUCACCAAAGCCCCUGAUGUGCGCACAGUCAUCCACUACGUCCACAGCAGGAGCAGCACCCUCAAAUCCAUGUGGGCCUACAUUGUCAUCGGCUCCUUUCUCUUCCUUAUCUCCUUCCUCUUCUUCAUCCUCUGCACCCGAAGCAGCACGUCACGUGACAAGGCUCGCACGUCAUCAGGAAAGCCUUUGGUGGCCAAACAUCACAUGGCUCUGGUAGUCCUGCUCUUCUUCUUCUUCUUUGCCUAUGUAGGUGCCGAGGUGGCAUAUGGCUCCUUCAUCUUCACCUACGCCAAGGACUACGCGCACAUGCCUCAGUCCCAGGCAGCUGGGCUGAACUCUCUGUUCUGGGCGACGUUUGCUGCCUGUCGUGGCUUGGCCAUCUUCUUUGCAGCCUGUGUGUACCCAGGCACCCUGAUCCUGCUCAGCCUGGUGGGCUCCACUGUCUCCUCUCUGCUUCUCUGCCUCUUCAACAAAGAAAAGGUGGCCUUGUGGUUUUGCACUGGUCUCUACGGAGCAUCCAUGGCUGCCACCUUCCCCAGUGGCAUCUCCUGGUUGGAGCAGUACACCACAGUGAGUGGCCACACAGCAGCAGUCUUUGUGAUGGGAGCAGCACUGGGCGAAAUGGUGCUGCCUGCUCUCAUAGGCUUUCUGCUGGGGAAGUUCCAUGAUCACCCCCUGCUGAUGUACCUGUCGCUCAUCACCGCAGCUUUCACCUCCAUCCUCUUCCCAGUCAUGUACAAGUUGGCCUCUGCCCCCAGCGGCCAGAGCAGGAAACCCCGCACCAGGGGCCGACCUGAAGCCGACGACAGUGAAUUCCGUCAGGCACUGCUGGACUCAGGAGCCAAUGACGAAGAGGAGGAGGAGGCGGACAACGAGGCUGAUCAGUGGAACGAUGCGGACUUUGAGGUCAUUGAGAUGGAUGACACAGCAAGUCUGGUUAGUUCACCCAGCAAGGCUUCCUCUCCCCCUGAUGUCACCGGUCUGACAGGGAGCUCUGCUGCUAACACCCAGGUGACAGAGCCUGUGGGUGGAGCCUCUUUCUCAGACACCAUCUCUCUGGUAGGAGACUCCCCCAGACGCAAACUGCUGCUCUCUCUUGACAGAGAGAAGAGAGACUGAAAUCUCGUCCUCCUGUGACUCCCAAGUGCUGUUGAUCUCUCACUUAACACUAGAACAGCCAUGCCUCAACAUGUCUGCUCUCACUUGUUGUUCAGAAUCUGGAAAGAUUUAAAGACAGUUCUGAUCAUUUACAGUGUAGUGAAAGGAACUGAGUACUGUCUGAAUCAUGCAGCUUAUAAAAACAUACACUAUGUCAACUUCAAAGUUUGCACAAAAAUUCAUUAGCAUCUUCUGAAGCUUGAUAGGAAUAUGAACUCCACUUUUACAUGAUUAAUUGUUUUAAUGUUUUUUAUCCCUCUGUAGUACUCUGUAUUGGCCUUGCUUCAGUGAGGUCAAAGGUCAGGGAAGGCUGUAGAACAGAAGCCUAGGGCUGCUAGGAAUUCAGUGCCUUGCUCAAGGACGUGAAGGAGUUGAACCGUGGACACUCGUCUUUUCAUCAUGAUGCCAUCCUGCUGCCCAAAACUGAUUCAGAUGAAUUAAAUUACAAUUAAAAAUGUUAUUUAAUUUUGCACUACUGCAGUGAAUGUGUGAUGGUGAUGGUUGUGUUCAGAUUUGAAUGAAGUCAUUUUUGUUGCACUUUUGUAAAUCUUUGAUUUGGAGUUAGUUUUUGUUAUGUACUGUAAUGUGUCAUGUGACUUGUGUGUUGUUACACUGAUUUUUGAAGUUUUUAAAAAACGAAAUCAUUGCGAGAAGGUGUUUAAAUACAUUGACUUUUUAUUAUAUCAGUCUGAAACCUCCACCCAUAGCAAUGUCCAUUAAAAACAAACAAAAAACA